UUCAUGUAACCUCCGCUGUUCCUUUUUUUCGCCCCAGGUCAAGUGACAUACAUACUGCUACUACUACUACUACUACUACUACAAUGGUCUGCGCUGUCAUUUGUCCAUUACAGUCUUCUCAGAAAGAACCAAGUCUCGUCUUGCUCGAAUUCCAAGGCCAUUUCCAAAGUUCCGAGUCCCAAGUCCAAAGUCUCAAAAUGGGUGACCUUACAAUGACCAAUGACAAAGCAACCGUUGUUGUAGGACACCAUCGAUUGGAAGGCAAAAAAGUCAAGUUGGCCAAACCAUUUGCAGUGAUACGGAAACGGCAGCAAGACGAUCAGACAGCAAUGGAUACGACGACCGAUGACACCCCAGUAGCAGCUGUCAAGUAUGAUACAGUGACGAUCCUGCGGGAGAAAUAUGUGUUUUCUCUACGACCGGGUCUGGUGGUGCAAGAGAGUUUACGUGGUCUAACGCGUAUUGGUGGGAUAAAUUAACAAGGUCCCCAAAACUCAUAUGUAGAAGAAAUAUAGAUAUACCCACCACCCCCCUCACCCUUCUUGGGGUCAAAAGCAUAAGAAAAAGCUACAUAGUGUCAAUUCUAAUUCCUUUUUAGCGUGCUAUCAUGCAUGGCCGAUCAUAUGCG